ACUAGUGUACGUUCUAAAUCUAUAUUUGAUAAACAGCGUAUUUUUGUGACCGCGUUGUAAUUCAAACUUAGGAUAAUAUGUCACGGCAAAAUUAAUCAAGCACCAUGACGGAGCACUUAACGGAUAAAAAGCUCACCGACCUAGCAGAGGCUGUGGCUGUCGAUAAAAAUUUACUGAAGCUCGGGUUGAAUCUGGGAAUCAAGGAGUCCAAGGUUAGGAUGUACAUCAGUACAAAUAAACGAAAUGACAGCUUUGAAGGAACCAGCUCCAUGCUCUCUGAUUGGAAAAGAGAUACACCGAAAGCGAAGCAAAUACCUGAUCUCAUCAAGGCUCUGACCGAAUCUGGAUUUGCGGAAUUAGUUGAUGAAUUCUUCUCAACUGGAGGGGUCGCAACCCAUGGGGUAAAUGCAGGAAGCCCUUCUACUGCAGCUUCAUUUACUGACAAUGCACACCUAAUGGCGCCUGCAGUUGGAAUGAAAGAUGACGAUAUUCUGGUCGAAGUUGCCAAAAUGACAAUGCAAAAUGAAGAUAUAGACGACCUCGGGAGAGCCCUGGGGAUUGAGGUGCCUGAUAUCUACGCUGCUCAGGUGCAAAAUCGACAUGGUGUAACGUCUGAAGGGUCCCGUGCUUUGAUGAGAAAAUGGUACAGAGGACAAAGGCAAUCGGAGUUGAAGAACAAGUUGGUAGAAGCCCUGACUAAGGCAAAGCGGGAAGAUAUACUAAAAAAGUGUUUCCCCAAUAUAGAUGGUUCAACCCCUCCUGGUAAUGUCAAAGGAAAUGGAGCAAAGAAUGAAAAUGGUAAUCCAGACUCUGCUGAAGAACUGGAAGAUAUGAAAUGACAUCUUGGACACGAUUGCCAAGACAGUCCGACAAAAUACGGAAAUCGACACACUCGGAAGAAAGCUUGGAUUUAAGUAUGAAGAUGUUCAAGGAUAUAUAGCAAUCAAUCACAAAACACAUAGCAUUACGUGGGAUGGAACUUUACAGAUGUUACGGGAUUGGUUUAAAAACCAAAAAAAAUCUGGUCGAGAGAGAGAAGCUUUGAAGACUGCUCUCGAAAAAUCAGGUCACAUUCGUCUUGCUGAUAAGCUCUUUUCAUUAUAGUAGACUUGUUAAGAGGUUGAACGCUGCAUUUUUGAGUACAAGUGUCCCACUUGGCAAAAAUGUUCCUUGAGUCAAAAGAAAAAGAUUCAUCCAAAGAGACACGCUGUCUCUAUGCAGAUGAGCAAGUAAUUUGCAUAAAUUUGCAUAUUAUGUCGAUAUAGUGAAAACAAGUAUUUAAGAAUAUAUAUUUAACCAGAACUGCUCCAAAAUUGGACACAAAGACUUAGGGUAAGAAUGGGAAGAAAAUUGUCAUAAAAUGAUUGGGAUAUCCUUGUUUACUAUUACCUAAUUUACAUGAAUUAUGCAAAUUAUAUACAUAAUUUACGCAAAUUAGACAACAAUGUGGAUGGAUAAUGUGAAUGUUUUCUUUUCCUCCAUCCAUAGAACGUUAGUACUGAUUAAAAUGCCUAAUUGUUAACACUACUCAUGGAAUUAGUAUAGGUAAACUCAUUAAUAUGUAUUUAUGGUAAUAAGUGGUCAUUUGCAUAGAUGUAGUGAAUCCUUUGUGCCCGAAUACUUUAUAUAACCCUUUUUAACACAUAUAUAAUUAUUUAUUAAGUUUAUAUAAUUAAAAAUCACACAAAAGCUUAAUAUAGUAUAAUUUAUGCAAAUUAUGCACUGAAUAUCACAAACAAAUGAAUUUAACGCAAAUAUUGAAAAUUACAAAGAUACAGUUUUCUCAUGUAUAGUUUCUUUUCCUUUCAUCAUCAUUAGAUUGUCACGAGUAAGACAUGUUUUACUUUUAAAGCGGUUUUUCUAAUGUUUAGAGCAUUUUGCAGUUUUAUGCAUAGAUUAUGGUAAUUAGGGAUUAUUUACAUAUUUUUUAAAAAGUUCGUUUGUCCAAUGUCUUUCCCAGACCCUAAGACACAUUUAUACCUUUCAUUAUUUACAUACCACAUUUAUUGACACUUUUAUUCAAAUCAGAUUAUCCAGAAUCAUUUGAAAAAGGGGCACUUUUGAUUGAAAAUGUGUAUAAUUUAUGCAAAUUAGGUAAUGAAAUGUAUGGUUACUGCAUUUUUUUUUCAUUAGUAUUCUUUUGCUACUUCCACAAACGCUUUGCAUCAAAUUUGACAUUUCUAUGAAGUAGCUUUACAUUUUUACAAGUGUUUUUAGCAAAUUACUCAUUUUAGAGGCUAAUUUACAUAAUUUAUGCUAAUUAGGGUUAAUUUGCAUAUAUGCAGGGUGUCUCUUUGGAUAAACAUUUUCCAAUGGGUUAAAGGAAAAUACAUGCCAAGAGGCACAUUUGUACUAAAAAUGCAGCGUUCACCCCUUUUUUUUGCAGUUAACAAGUCUACUAUUAUCCAAUUAGUAAGAGAGAGAUAAUAGGAACAAACCUAUUCGUUCGGGAUUAUCUGUAAUUUAACAUGUAUCCCUUACCUUUUUUUAAGAUGAGCCCAAAGUUAGGAUUAGUAUGCUCAUAAUGUAAAAAAAAAGUUUACCCAAAUUAAUAAUAUUAAUAAUAAUAACAAUAUCACUGCCAAAUGCGUUCAUACGCUCUUACUGGGAUAUCAUUAACCUGGCUUUAUCACCGAAGCCUUUCAUUUUUCAAAAUAACAAAUUUCACAAAAUACCUGAUAUGCGUCCUCCAUUCAACAUGUAGCUAGCCUUUCUCCAGUACACUCUAAAAACACAGUCAAAUUUCUAUAUCGGUUAGAAAGGGAACAUGCUUGUUAGCUUGGUUUUUUUUCCCCAUAUUGUGCAAAAUGCACAUUUAAAUGAUAAAUUUUAACGCAACAUUACGUUUACAAAAUAUUUUUCAUCUUUUUACCCAACCAACAUGCACGUUCCCAUUUUACCCAAUAUUCCAAUAUUGGGUAAACUUUUUUGGUAACGUUUGCUCAUUCAUUAUUCCAUUUCGUGGGUGCUAAUGCGUAAUACCAAGGUGAUUUUUUUCUUUUGAUUUUGACACCAAUCUUAUCAAUCUUUAUCAUGAUCAAUCAAUCACUGAUCCAUUCGUUAUCUUUAAUGAAUAAACAAUACAACGUUGUCACAUUUGAUUUGUCUAAAUUCAACAUUUUCUAUAUAGGUUAGUACCAUUAUCAACACAAAUAUAUUGAUAUCUUUAUAAAACAAUUUGAUUUUAUACAGACCAAUUUAAUUGAUUGUGUUAUUGUACAUGCUGCUUUGAAAGGUUCAAAAUCGUUUUGCUAGUAUAAAGUUUGAUGACAAUCAGUGGUGUACCUAGGAUUUUCGAAAGGGGGGGGGGGGCAAAUUCGUCCGCCAAAAUAUUUGACAAGCGAAAAAAAAGUUUUCAAGUACAAAGGAGGGGCCCCUUGUGGCUCGUCACCAGGGAUCAGUUCAGGGGGGGGGGAGGGAUACGUCCCUUGCAUGAGUUGUGACUCGUCAGGGGGGCAGUCUGCCCCCCCCCCUCUUUGGUACGCUAGUGAUGACAAUCAUUGUUAAUGUUAGAGUAAUUUUCAAAAUUAUUCAGAGAUGGUGUUUGUGUUUGAGUAUUUACAGAGUGUAUGAUCAAUCAGAUAUGAUUAUUUACACACACACACACAUACACACACACACACACCCUUGUUGUUUGUCCAGAGUCAAACAAAAAACUGUUUUUUAGAUUCACCGAAUAAGAACAAGGACCUCUUCCUUAUUCUUUGUCAUGAAUGGCAUUUGACAAUACAUUUUCUCUCUCCUUGAAAAAAAAACCCAAUCAGUAUAAUUAGAAAACAUUUCGAAACCUAUUGAUUAAGGGGGAAUUCCCUUAAACGGCGCCGAAACGUGGCGGUUGCUCUUGUCAAAUAACAAAGGGAUGUUUCGAAAACACAAGAUCAAAACACGAUCUGUGGUAAAUGUGUGUAUGUGUGUGUAUUUGCUUGAGUGGGUGUAGUGUACAAGGGAUGGUCUCGGUGUAGUGUUUUUCUAGGUUGUGAGCAUAUCGUAUAUGACUGAACGAGUGUUUUUUCUUUUAAUUAUAACUUCCUCAAAUCAUUUUGAUAUAAUGGUAUUGUAAACGGGAAAAAAAUCAUGUUCAAGUUUAGUUUUAUGUAUUCAUUAUUAUAAGUAUGAAUGAUUUAUUAUUAAGUUCAGAGAGAUUUUUAGUGCAUGUAGAAGGUAUGAUUUUGUAUUAUUCAAUUUCUUGAUAUAAACUUUUAAAGAAAUGUGUACAGAUUGAUUCCAGGU